AUGGAUAUGCAUGGAGAUGACCCAAACCGAGGUGUGGGGUGUGCACUGUACAGUCAAGAUGGAUAUUUUUUUGGGGCAGGCUAUAAUGGAUACCCCAUUGGCAUAUUAUAUGGAAACUUGCCCUGGCAAGGGAGAAAAGAGCGAAGGACUGGAUUGGCAAAACGGGAAUUUGUUGUCCAUGCUGAAGCAAAUGCUCUCCUGUACAGAUCAAAACCCCAAAUAGAAGAGACUGAUGUUCUGUACUGUACCAAACCUCCCUGUCCUGACUGUCAAAGCCUUAUAAAGGAGGUGGGAAUAAGGAAAAUUUGUUAUGUAGAAGAAUCAUCAACACUGAAUAAAACAGAUUGCUCAUUUAAAUUAAAGGAAGACUUUGACUGUAUUGAGUGGAAUACUACAAGUAUGACAGAACACAGUGAGCAAAAUGAUGAUUCAAAAGACAAAGAAACAGAAGGAAGAAGUAAUGAAGGCAAAAUGGAAUUAAUUUAG